AUGGACUCCACAUCCGGGCCCGUCGCGGUCGAGCCUGCCACCGAUGCCACGCAGGGGCCGUCUCCAGGCGGCAAGGAGCCUACAUCCGCCUCACCAGCACGAUCACCCUCGGACGACUUCACGCGCAUUGACGCGGCAGAUCGCAUCCGCUCCGUAAUGCGCACCACCCGCCUCGAAAAGACGCUCGAGGAGCAGCGCCGCGGCGAUAAGAACGACCCCGUCUCGCGAUGGCACCGUGGAGGCGUGAUGGCCGAGCAGCUCGGCCAGCAGGACCAUGCACCACCGGCAGCGGUCCGAGGCAAGGCCUCGUCGCCUCCCCCUCGACUGCAUCAUCGCACCUCGUCUUCGUCGUCAUCCUCAUCGCCCAACGUCAACUCGCUCUCUCAGCAGCUGAUGAGCACGAGCUUCUUCGACAAGCUGCCCUUCACCUUCAAGAACGAGGCCGAGAAGGACGAGUUCAUCCGCGAGUCCAGAACGCUCACCAAACGCAUGGAAGACCAGAACUGGCUCGAGAUGCUCGAUCCCAAGCACAGAUACGGCAGCAACCUCAAACACUACCAUCGCCACUGGAACCUCAAAGCCGACACGCGCCAAAACUUUCUCCAUUGGCUCGACGAAGGCGAGGGCAAGGACCUCAGCCUCGAAGAGUGUCCGCGCUCCAAGCUCGAAGCAGAGCGCAUCACCUACCUCACUCCAGACGAACGACGCAACUACCUCACCUACGUCGACAAUGAGGUGCAGCUUCCAUCCAACGGACACCUCCACGACAUUCGUGCCCAUCUCAAGCAGGCGGGCAAAGGUCGUUUGCGCUGGUGCCGCACCAGCGAGCUCGUCAACACCUCCAAGUACGACCAUGGCGACCUGGGCAAGGGACGCGGUGUUGCGCUUCGCCAGUCGCAAGAAUGGCAGAAUGCAAUCGCGCGUGGAGAGGCGUGCGAUGUGGUGCGUGACGACAAGAUCAAGUUCAGGCGCACCACGUCCGCCAGCUCGUCCGAUUCAUUCACAUCCGACUCGUCCUUGUCUGACGAAGACGAGGCUGUUCCAGAGUCGUCAUCCAAGGAGUCGACAUCGGCGAGCUCCGACACCUCCUCAAAAACACAAGCUUCUGCACAUACCAGCUAUCCGAAACCAACCCGUGACCCGGACGAAAAGCAGCAGUCGCGCAAGGAAAAGCUGCUCGAGAAGGCCAAUCUUGGCCCCAAGUAUCUUCUCAAACAGAAACUCGGCCUGUACACCUCUGCAGAACGUCAACAAAUCGUCAAGGGCGACCAAGAAGCCGGCACACACGACCACGGUGGCGAACAGGAUGCUCUCAUCCGCAAACGCAAAGCCGACACAUGGAUCUUUGUCACGGAUCUCUCGUACAACAUGUACAUCGGCAUCAAGCAGCGCGGCCGAUUCCAGCACUCGUCGCUGCUGGCCGGAUCGCUCGUCACCGUCGCCGGUGUGCUCAAGGUCAAGGACGGCGUGAUCGUCUCGAUCUAUCCGUGGAGCGGCCACUACCGCUCAUCUUCGCAGCACUUUGAAGAGUUUGUCAAACGGCUCCAGGAACGCGGCCUGGACACCAGCCAGAUCAACGUCACAAAGAGCAAGUGGGUCAUCGAAGUCGUCAACAGGUACGGCAUGUAUCGCAAGAAGAAGGACCGCAAGCUCAAGGACCUCAAGGACAGGGCUCGCGAGACGUGGGACGCCCACCGCUCGCCCACCUCCGGAUCAGGACAGAACGGCGGACCCACUUCAUCUUCCGGACGAUGGCAGCACGCUGAUUGCAUCGAUGAAGUAGCACGGCAACUCCCAUGCCCCGCUCUGGCACCUCUUAUCGACCCUUUCUACGAGGCCGCAAUCGCUCCCGCUUCAACUCUCUCCCAAUCCUCUCCCAACACCGUUCCGUCUGCUUGUCAGACAUCGGUCCACCACGUUCUUUUUCAUCCUUCCGAUCCUUCUCUUUCUGGAAGCUACUGCAACAGCUCUAGGUCCGACGACACGAUGAAGGUUGCGCUUCUCUCUGCCAUCGUCUUUGGCGCCAUCUCGGUUGCUGCCACGACCUCUGGUGCAGUCGACCCGAACUACGAGGUGCAGCAGCACCGCCGUGCGCGCUCCAACCACGCUGCCGGCAAGAAGGAACCCCACCAAAAGCGAGACGCCGGCGCGCGCCCCGGCGUUGAGAACGAGCAUGUCCUGUCGCGCCGUGGUGAGACGUCCGGUAUGCUCGGACUGGCCGAGGGAGCCGCCGACCUGCUGAGGGGUGGUCGUGGCGAAGCCCAAAAGGCUGGCGACACCAUCGUGCACAACCACCUCACGCCUCCUCCGGCCUACCAUCCUCCCGCCUACGGCGCUGCGGCCUACGGCCACGCUUCGAGCGCUGCGGACCCUAUGCUCGCUCAGAAGCUGGAGAAGAUCGACAAGCACAUCAACAAGAUCAAGCAGAGCAACGCUCACACUGCCGAGCAGGUGGCUGUGAUGCAGGAGAUCCAGGCCAAGCAGAUCAUGGCUGCCAAAGAAGCUCAGGCUGCAGCUGCCCAGGGUGCUGGCAAGAAGCGCGGCAUCGGCAAGGGAUGGCUCUUUGGCGCUGCGGCUGGUGGUGUCGGUCUCGGUUACGUCGGCACCAAGAUGUUCGACACCAAGCCGGCCGAUACCACCACCGGCUACAGCCCGGAGGAGAUGCAGGCGCUCCAGGCUGCAGGUGGCGCCGCUCCUGGUACCAUCCCUGUCGAUGGCUCGGCCGGUAUGGGAGGUGCGGGCGCCAUGCCACCUGCCACCGGCGGUGGUGCCGAGUACUCCGCCCCUCCAGCUGGUGCCGGUGCUGGUGCCGGUGCUGGUGCCGGUGCUGGUGCUGGCGCUGCCCAGCAGGCUGCUGCUCCUCCUGCCGGCCAGGCCGGUGGACAGAGCGGCACCAAGCCCAUCUACGACCCCGAGGUCCAGAUGUACUACAUCAUGGGACCGGGUGCUGUCCAGCAGCAGAUCAGGUACUACAUCGACCCCAGUACCGGCUACCUCAUCAACUCGGUCACUUUUGACGUCAGCGACCCCAAGACCGGCCAGAUCAUCCAGCGUGGUAGCGAUGCUGGAUCGGGUGGCGCCGCUGGAGGCGCUGGUGCCGGUGGUGCUGGCGCUGGACGCAUGCAGAAGCGAUCCGUGCGACAUCUCAAGGUCGACAAGCGAGCCUUCUCUUCCAUCGACAACCCAGCUCUGAGAGAGCAAGCGAUGGGACUGUCCGAGGGUGGUGCUGCCGCCAACGUCGCCAAUGUCGCUGCCAAGGGCGGCAACACCGGCAUGAUUGUCAAGGGCGUCCUUGGACUGGGCGCACUCGUCGGAACCGUGUUUGCUCUCGACCACUACGCGCACCCCCAGCGUCCCAACACCACUCCGGACAACCCGUAUGGCCUGGCGCCUACUGGGAUCUGCGACGAGUAUGGACAGAUGAUCAUCAAGGACUGGCGCGGUAUCCUGUGGAGCAAGUCGACGUACACGCGUCUCAACAUGAACAAGCUGCCGCCGCUGCACAUGUGCAGCCAACAAGAGCUCGUCGACAAUGGCGUGUCUCCCGAUCCCGCCAGUGCUGGUGCUGGCGGAGCUGCAGCCGCUGCUGGCGCUGGCGGUGUGCCCAUGGCCAAGCGCAGUCUUGCCGAGGCUCGAAAGGACGAUUUGGCUGAGCUUGCAGCCGUCAUCAAGCGCGACGUCAACAACGAUCACGCUGAGGAUGCCGCUUCCGAGUCGUCUGGUGCGCUGGAGAAGAGGGCGGGAGCCGCGGGAGGCGCUGGAGGCCUGGCAAGCGUGGCAGGCAUGGGCUUCCUGCCUUCGCUGGGCUGGUCUGGCGGACUGGCGAUUGGCGCCACCGCGAUCGUUACGGCAAUGUACCUGCACCACGUCCACGAGGCCAAGCAGCAGGCCCUCCUUGCCGAGUGGAACAGCCACUACCACUCUGCCGGCGAUGCAGCCAGCUCGGUGGGUAACGCGAUCAGCACGGGCGCCAACGGCCAGCUCUUCAACCCGAUCACGGGCAACCUCGUUCUCGUCGACCCCAACACGGGCAUGUACUACGACUCGGGAUCGGGCGAGCAGGUGAACCCCAAGACCGGCAUGCCCUUCCGAUACGGUGGUGGCUCGAGCUCGACCGACAGCAAGCCAAAGGCCACUGCCGCGCAGCAGGUUCCGCAGCAGCUGCCGCUGAAUGGCAAUGGACAGAUGCCCGCCGAAUCGCCCGAGGUCCAGCAGGCUAUGGCGCAGUGGCAUGCCAUGACCCCGCAACAACAGCAGCAGCUCAUACAGCAGUACGGAGGUGUAGCCCAGCAGAUCAUUAACUCGCCCGACCCGAAUGCGGCUUUCCAACAGUACACCAGCACCAUCGGACAGCAGACGCAGGCUGCUCUCCAGCAGCCGCAGUACUCUCAGCAGCAGCCGCAGUACGCUCAGCAGCAGCCACAGUACGCUCAGCAGCCCCAAUACGUCCAGCAGCCCCAAUACGCCCAGCAGCCUCAAUACGCCGCCGGUGCGGGCGUGGGCGACGGCUCGGCUGGAACCGGAGGAGCGCCUGUCAUGUGA